GUCCUGUUUAAUCUCCGGCUUGACCUGAUAAAGUAAUGAUUCACUGGUCCAUACUGUGAUCCUGUAAUAUGUUUUUCAAUGAAAUGUCAUGAGGAAAAUGUAAAGAAAAACGUUCCUGUAUUUUUUUGUAGUUUAAAAAAAAAAUACUUAAGUUCAAGCAGCAUCCGAUUAAAAUAGCCACCGAUCCCCUCAUUUGGGAUUGAUUGUGUAAUUAUUGGCUGUUGGAAUGAGAUUUGACCUCCUGCUUUGUUUGCUGUGUUAUGGUGACCUGGCAGUAAAACACACUGCUGUUUGGUUAUCGACUUGGCCACAUCUUUAAUUUGUUUAUCCUCUUUUUUAACCUUUCCACCGUUCCCAUUGUAUCCAAUGAGCCAGGCUAGAUAGCUGAGAGUCAGAGAGAGGAGAGAGGCAAGCAGAGAGAGAGGAGACUCAAACAGUGUCAGUGUUGCACGGCAGAUGAGAGGAUGAUUCAUGUGUGAGAGGCAGAGCCCGGCGCAGAGCAGGCAGCCUUGUGGACCAGCAUUCAGACCCAGGAUCAGCCCAGCCUUCUCAGAGCUGGAGACCCUCUCUCCGCAACGUCCCUCGUCUCCACCUCGUGCCCCCUUCAGUGACAUGUAUCCCGAAGAGAGCCGGGGGUCUGGAGGGGUAGCCACUGUGGACUUUCUAGAAGGGACAUAUGACUACGCCGCCCCCACCCCUGCCCCGACUCUUUACAGCCACUCCACCACUGGCUACUACUCUGCUCCUCUGGACGCCCACGGACCACCCUCAGAUGGCAGCCUUCAGUCCCUGGGAAGUGAGCCGAACAGUCCUCUCGUGUUCGUGCCCUCCAGCCCCCGACUCAGUCCCUUCAUGCACCCACCCAGCCACCAUUAUUUGGAAACCACCUCAACACCCGUCUACAGGUCCAGUGGUUCAUCCAGUCAGCAGCCAGUUUCCAGGGAGGACCAGUGCGGCACCAGUGACGAGGCAUACAGUAUGGGGGAGUCGGGGGCUGGAGCCAGGGCCGUGGGGUUUGAGAUGACAAAAGAGACGCGUUUCUGUGCCGUGUGCAGUGACUAUGCCUCUGGGUACCACUACGGGGUGUGGUCCUGUGAGGGCUGCAAGGCCUUCUUUAAGAGGAGCAUUCAGGGUCACAAUGACUAUAUGUGCCCAGCAACCAAUCAGUGCACUAUUGACAGGAAUCGGAGGAAGAGCUGCCAGGCAUGCCGUCUUAGGAAGUGUUAUGAAGUGGGCAUGAUGAAAGGAGGUGUGCGUAAGGACCGCGGGCGUGUUUUGCGGCAUGACAAACGACGGACUGGCACAUGUGGCAGGGACAAGGCCUCUAAGGACCUGGAGCAUAGGACAGUGCCCCCUCAGGAUGGGAGGAAACGCAGCAGUGCCUAUGGUGAAGAAGGAAAAUCACCGCUGCUUGGCAUGCCUCCUGACCAGGUGCUCCUCCUGCUCCAGGGUGCCGAGCCUCCCAUGCUGUGCUCUCGUCAGAAGCUGAGCCGACCCUACACCGAGGUCACCAUGAUGACCCUGCUCACCAGCAUGGCCGAUAAGGAGCUGGUCCACAUGAUCACCUGGGCCAAGAAGCUUCCAGGUUUCCUGCAGCUCGGCCUUCAUGACCAGGUGCAGCUGCUGGAGAGCUCCUGGUUGGAGGUGCUGAUGAUCGGGCUCAUCUGGAGGUCUAUCCACUGCCCCGGCAAACUCAUCUUUGCCCAGGACCUCAUACUGGAUAGGACCGAAGGCAACUGUGUCGAAGGCAUGGCUGAGAUCUUUGACAUGUUGCUGGCCACUGCCUCCCGCUUCCGCUUGCUCAAACUCAAACCCGAGGAGUUUGUCUGUCUCAAAGCCAUCAUCUUGCUCAACUCUGGUACCUUCUCUUUCUGCACCGGCACAAUGGAGCCCCUCCACGACACCACAGCGGUGCAGAACAUGCUGGACACCAUCACAGAUGCUCUCAUACAUCAUAUCAGCCAGUCGGGAUGCUCGGUUCAGCAGCAGUCGAGACGGCAGGCCCAGCUGCUGCUUCUGCUCUCACACAUCAGGCACAUGAGCAACAAAGGCAUGGAGCAUCUCUACAGCAUGAAGUGCAAGAACAAAGUGCCUCUGUACGACCUGCUGCUGGAGAUGCUGGAUGCUCACCGCAUCCAACGCCCUGACAAACCAGGUCAGACCUGGUCCCAGGCUGAUGGAGAGCCUCCCUCCACCACCAGCACCAGCAGCAGCGGUGGUUCCUCUUCUUCAGCUGGCUCCAGUUCAGGAUCCCGAGUCAGCCACCAGAGCCCGAGCAGAGUGCCCACAGUCCUGCAGUACGGUGGGUCCCGCUCUGACUGCACCCACAUCCUAUGAGACGGCAACAUCUAAGGGUCAAAAGUCAUUUUUAUGGGGGAUGUGUGUCGUACAGAAUGAGAGGGGUUUGGGAAUGAAAUAUAAAAGUUGUAUUUGAAUUCAUUUCAUGAGAUAAUUAUUUAUGAAUUAAGUCAUUUUAUAGUUGUAGCUGUUUGGGAGAAAUUUUCCUUGUGCUGCGUUUUCUGUCAGUCUCUGCCAGCUUUACAGUACAGCUUAUUAUUUACAGACGUCAGCAGCUCAUAUUUUGGCGAUCUGUCAGCUACAGUGAUUUGAAAUGAUGAGCAGCUAAUUGUCUUUUCAUUCGCCUCGACCAAAGUGCACUUCCUCUUGGGUUUAAGGGGCUAUUGGGCAUUAUAGUAACUUUUACAUAUUAAGGCUGAUUAUUCGCUAAAAUAUUAUAAAACUGGUUCAAAUGAAUGUGUAAUUUAUUUUGUGUUCAAAUUUCAACAAAGACAAAAACAUCAGGUAUCGUGUCUCUUGCACACAUGUAGUUUUAAACUUGAUGUAUUAGGGGAAAAAAAUGAUUUCAGUGACGUAAUAUGAAAUGAACAGUGGCUGAGGAAAUAUCUGUUGAAUUCUGAAUAGCUAAAAAUUGCACAAUUAAAUCCCAGAGCGCUGAUUACAUGAUGAAGGAAGCCAGUCUUUAUUGUUGGGGAACUUCAUCCUGUUGUCAGUUUUUUGUGUAUAGUAGGUUGUUCUUUAUGCUUACUUGCACCAAAGUUAACUUAAAUGUGCGUGUGCGUGUGUGUGCGUGCAGCAAAGCGACUGUGAGAGAGAGAGUGAGAGAAAUCCCAGCCAAUGAGCUAUGAGCCUCACCAAGCUGAUUUUAAGCCUAGAUUUUUGUCUUGAUGCAGUUGUCAACCGGUUACUGUUCAUCCACUAAUUCAGUGAUUACAUGUUAAGUUUGGCUGGAUUUACACACCUCCCAAAAAACCUAAUUAUCAUAACAUAUGUGCACUUAUGCAGGUGUUUUUAUUUCUGUUUGAAUGGACCAAACUUGGUCUGAUUGUAAAGAAGAUAUCUGAUUCGGAUAUGAUCAGGUGUUUCCUUAAUUAGCUGCUAAACACUACUAAGUACUCAUUUAAUUGAUUUGCUUCAUUAAAUGUUAGAAAAUAGUGAGAAAUGUCACCAGAGCAGAGUGACAUAUUCAAAGUUUUUACUGUCCAACCAACAAUCUAAAUCCCAAAUCUAUUCAGUUUGUGAUGACAUACCACAAAGAAAGGCAUAAAAAUCCUCGGUGUGUUGAGGCAAAAACUGAAAUAGCUGUUACCGGGGAACAUUUGACAUUUGUGCUUGAAAAGUGACUAACUCGUACUUACAAAUAUACAGGCAAUGAAAAUGUGUUGCCAGGGUAGAAAAGAUGUGACAUUACAGUGAAGUUUUAAAAGAAUACUUCAGGGGCGUUGGUGGCUUAGUGGUAGAGCAGGCGCCCCAUGUACAAGGCUGUUGCCACAGCGGCCCGGGAUCGACUCCAGCCUGAGGCCCCUUGCUGCAUGUCUCUCCCCCUUUCACACUUCACUAUCCUAUCAAUUAAAGGCAAAAAAUGCCCCAAAAAAUAUCUUUAAAAAACAAAAAAGGACUUCAGCUGCAAAAAGACAAUUUGUACAUCAGUUACUCACUGGUGAUGAAGUCACAGUGAAGGGAAAAUCCAAAAGAGGCAAACAUUUUUCGUGAAUUGAAGUAAUUGGGGUCCUCGAUUAAGAACAGAAAAAUUGUAUCAGAACAUCCAUUUAUAAACUCUCACACAACUUGCACAGCAUAAUUCAAGCCUCCAUACAGGAUUUAAAAAAAAACCCAACAGAUUUGGCCUCUUGAGCCGUUCAGUGUCAGUCCAGUCAAACUUGA